UGUUUUGGUGUUCCUUGAUGAACUGGUAUUCGCGGCGGCUGACGAUACUGCCAUAAGAGCGUGGGACUUUGCUUCGGGAACUUUGAAAUAUACAUACUCGGGCCACUUCAGCAAAGUUACCAGUCUUCAAAUUCUACCUGAUAAAAAGUCUAUGGUCAGUUGUGGCCGUGAUAAAGUAAUAAUUGUAUGGGACAUAGUUGCCAGCCGCGCUGUGCGAACAAUUGCUGUCUACGAAAGCCUGGAGAGCCUCGUUCUGCUGCCGAAUAGUUUGACUCUGCCUGACUCAGCAAAACGUCCAAGAAAGGACAUUUGUUGCCUGCGCCGGAGAGAAAG